AAGAUUUUUAAAAAUCUUUUUAGAAUCAGUUGCCAAUCAGUGAAAUAAAGGUUUUAUGAAGAAACAUUCUAUGUAAAACACAGAGUGUGGCACAUGGUAAAAAUUUACUUUAAAUGUCACCUACUUUUAUUAUGUUGUCUUAAAGUUCUCUUACAUUAAAUUAAUUAAAUUAAAUUAAACUAAAUUAAAUUAGUUUACUUCCAGAGACCAACUCCAGCGGCUUCCUAUAUGUAAUUCCCUUUCUCUAAUCCUUCUGUUUGUGUUUUCUCCUCUCGUCUACACAAAAGAAGAAACGAAAUGAAAAACCACACAGAAAUAACAGAGUUCAUUCUCCUGGGAUUGUCAGAUGAUCCGCAGCUUCAGGGAGUGAUCUUUGUCUUUCUGCUCAUCACCUACAUGCUCAGCAUCACUGGGAACCUGACCAUUAUCACCCUUACCCUGCUGGACUCCCACCUCCAGACUCCCAUGUAUUUCUUCCUCAGAAAUUUCUCCUUGCUAGAGGUUUCAUUCACAACUGUCAGCAUACCCAAGUUCCUGGGCACCCUGAUUAGAGGAGAUAAAACCAUUUCCUUUAAUGAUUGCAUGGCUCAGUUGUUUUUUUUCAUUCUGUUGGGAGUCACUGAAUUUUACCUUCUGGCUGCCAUGUCCUAUGACCGUUAUGUUGCCAUCUGCAAACCUCUGCAUUACAUGACCAUCAUGAAUCCCAGAGUCUGCAUACUCCUUGUCUUUGCCUCUUGGUUGGCUUCAUUCUUAAUCAUAUUCCCAUCACUCAUGCUGUUCAUACAGCUUGAUUACUGUAAGUCCAAUGUUAUAGACCAUUUUACCUGUAAUUAUUUCCCCUUACUACACCUUUCUUGUUCAGACACAAAAUUCCUAGAGACAGUGGGUUUUUCCUGUGCUGUUUUUACUCUACUGUUCACUUUGGCAUUAAUAAUUCUGUCCUACAUAUAUAUCAUCAGAACAAUUUUGAGGAUUCCUUCUGCUAGUCAGAGGACAAAGGCCUUUUCUACCUGUUCAUCCCACAUGAUUGUCAUCUCCAUCUCUUAUGGCAGCUGCAUUUUCAUGUACAUUAAUCCAGCAGCAAAAGACAGAGUGUCUCUGAGCAAGGGUGUUGCUGUGCUAAACACCUCAGUAGCCCCCAUGCUGAACCCCUUUAUUUACAGCUUAAGGAACCAGCAAGUCAAGCUAGCCUUCAUGGACAGGGCAAGAAAGAUUGUAUUUUUCUCAAGCAAAUAA